AUGGUGAGGUGGCAUUACGGUCUGAAUGUCGUUGGCUUACUUCAACUGGACAUCACGUUGCCUCGAACAGAGUCAACGUUGUCCAACUGCUACACUAGUGGAAGGAUCUGUGUAAGGCAGAAAACAACAAUACAGCCCUUUACUUCAACAAUAAUCACCCAAAAUAUUCUACAAAACACCAAAAGUGAAUUAAACUUAUUUUCAAACCCCUUUUUUGCAAUUCUUGAUCUUUGCAAAACCCCUUUUUCUCUCAAAAUAUUCCAUACCCUUUUCAUAGUUAAUGGUGAAGCCCAUAAUGUUCACUUAAAAACAAAGUUGAUAAGUUUAUAUGGUAUUUUUGGGAAUUUCAAGAAUGCUCGUAAUGUGUUCGAUGAAAUUCCUGAACCAGAUCUUGAUUCUUGUAAAGCAAUGAUAAGAUGGUAUUUUAUGAAUGAUAUGUAUGAUGAGAUUAUUGGGUUUUAUGAUUGUAUGAGAAAAAGAAAAGGGCUUACUUUGUUUGACAAUGUUGUGUUUUCGAUUGUUUUAAAGGCUUGUAGUGAGUUGUGUGACGUUAAUGAAGGUAGGAAAUUGCAUUGUCAUAUUGUGAAAGGUGGAAAUCCUGAUAGUUUUGUAUUAACUGGUCUUGUUGAUAUGUAUGCUAAAUGUGGAAAGAUUGAAUCUUCUCGUGUCGUGUUUGAUGAUAUUUCGGAUAGAAAUGUUGUUUGUUGGACUUCAAUGAUUGUUGGUUAUGUACAUAAUGAUUGCGCGGAAGAAGAGUUGGUUUUAUUUAGUCGAAUGAGGGAUGCUUUGGUUGAAAGUAAUGAAUAUACUUUGGUGAGUGUAGUAACUGCAUGUGCAAAGUUGAGAGCUUUGCAUCAAGGGAAAUGGGUUCAUGGUUAUAUCAUAAAAAAGGGGAUUGAACUGAAUUCCUACCUAGUUACUGCUCUGAUAGAUAUGUAUGUGAAAUGUGGAGUUAUUUCUGAGGCUCGUGUGAUUUUUGACGAGCUUUCUGUGAAUGAUUUUGUUACGUGGACAGCAAUGAUUGUUGGAUAUAGUCAAAGUGGCUAUCCAGAUGAGGCAUUGAAACUCUUUACAGACGAGACAUGGAAAGGAACAUUGCCUAAUUCAAUCACUCUUUCUAGUGUACUUUCGGCAUGUACACAGUUGAACAAUCUGAAGUUGGGAAAAUUGGCCCAUUCUCUCAGAAUUAAGCUAGGAUUGUAUGAUGAUACUGUGACAAAUGCUUUGAUAGACAUGUAUGCAAAGUGUGGUGCAAUAACAAAUGCUCGUUACUUAUUUGAGAAUUUUGCCUGCGAUGAUGUAAUUGCGAAUUCACUUGUCUCUGCCUGUUCAUCAAAUGGAUCUGCUAAUGAGGGUCUGAUGUUGUUUCAUAGAUUGAGAUCUGAACAUCUUCAGCCAGAUGAAUUUAAGGGUGCUGUCCUGUCAAUAGGUGCUUCCCUUGGGAAUCAUAGAGUUGGUUCUUCUUUUCAUGCUUUUACUAGCGAAGAGGGUCUUUUAUCGUCUAAUUUAUUUGUAGGUACUGCACUUGUUAAUGUGUAUGCUAGAUCCGGUGAUGCAAAAUCUGCUCGUGUUGUUUUUGAUGAGAUGACGUAUAGGAAUGCGGUGACGUGGAAUUCGAUUAGUGGUGGCUAUGCAAUGCAAGGGGACUGCAAGAAUUACUUCGCACUUCUCAGUGAUAUGAUUAGAGAAAGUUUUGAACCUAAUGAUAUUAUUUUCACUUCAAUACUAUCUGCUUGUAGUCAUAGAGGGAUGAGAUUUUUCUAUACAAUGUGUGAGGCAUAUAGGUUUGUUCCUUCCAUGAAGCACUAUACAUGUAUGGUUGAUUUAUUGGCUCGUGAUGGAAGGCUUAAGGAAGCUCUGGAUUUCAUUGACAAAAUGCCAAUUCGGCCUGAUAUUUCUGUGUUUGGUGCUAUUCUACAUGGAUGUGGUAUUCACAAUAGAUUUGCUGGGGAGGUGGCAGUGAGAAAAAUGAUGGAGUUGCAUCCUCAUUAUGAUGCUUGUUACUAUGUGCUUAUGUCAAAUUUAUAUGCCUCUGAUGGGAAAUGGAGUCAGGCUUAUCAAAUGAGGGAGUUGAUGAAGAGCAAAGGUUUGAACAAGUCCCCUGGCUGUAGCCACGUGAACAUGGUUUUUGAAAACGAUUGCCUGAAGGUGUCAUCUAUUGGUUGGUUAUUUUCCAAGGAAAUUUUUAUAGCAGCCUCAAAUGAAUCGUUACCCUCUGAAGAAGUUAUCGUGCCUAGUCGUGGGAGUCCAUCAGGAGUAAAUUACAGCUCUUGUUGAUUGCAGAUGGAAUUUGUUUUGGCAUUGGAGUUACCAAGUUUUGAAACUUAAGGAGCAAUGAAGAAAUGCUAUGCUGGCUCUCAAUACUUUGUGGAGAGAACUUUUAGGGAAAGGUUGGACAGACAUGAAUCUGAAGAUCACCUUAGAGCUGGCCUUUCUAAAUUUGGAUUUGGAUUGGAGCUGAAAAUGUUGGCUUGUGAGAACCUGUAAAGCCUUUCACUUGAGGAUGAGUCUCUCUGGAAGGUGCCAUCACUGUAUUCCUGUAUGAUUUUACUCGGUUUUGCUGAUUGAGAAAUUAGCUACGGAAUUUCUGGACACAAGUAUAGAGUAAUUUGCUUGGCAGAAUUUCUGGCAAUUCAAAUGUACAUCGUUGAUUCUCAAUAGUUAUACCCUCAUGUGGAUUGACACAAAAGAAUGAAGAAUACAGAAAAAUACCGUCAUGUGGAUUAUCCCGCUACCAUUGUAAGAAUUUGUGAAUAUAAUAGCAGAUUUGUUUACCCAA